AUGGCCAAAGGAGGGAAAAAGACGGCAAAGAAGGGCGCGGCCGCGAAGCGCUCCGCGCCGCCUGCUCAGGAAAAGCAGGCCACAAAGGAGGCUGCCCAGGGCCCUGUCACCCCCAAGAAUGACUUGUUUUGCAUGACGGCGAGCAGUUGGGGAACGGGCCUGUCCCUCCUUGCGUUGGGUACGGUCGCCUUUUUGUGCUGGGUGACGCAAUCGGAGCGCUGCAAUACGCUCUCCUACUGGGAGCCGGUGUGGGGCACCUUGGAGAAAUACGGGAUUGCCUCGCGCCCCACCGAUGUGGCCCUGGCGAAUGUCUGCACGACGAUCCACGAAGUCACGCGGAGCUGCCUCUUUCUUUCAGGCGGCGUGACCAGUACCCAGGGCAAGGUGCACAACAGUGUUUCGCAUGCGUGGGAGCGUCUCCAGUCGGUGUGGGGCGUAGAGACGACGUCGCAUGCCUCGGCCGUGCCCGAGGUGCUGUACGAGCGCGACCGGCGCGACGUUCUUUUUGCCGUGACGUGGGGUAUUGCGCUCCUCGCGCUGCGCGGCCUGCUGAUGCACCUCGUGCUGCUUCCUAGUGCGCGCCUCCUGGUGCAGCGUCCGCCGCCGCAGAAAAUGGCACAGAUCGGCCACCGCAAUAAAUACUACCGGAGCAUCGACCGGUUUGCCGAGCAGUUCUGGAUUGCGAUUCUGAACAGUGCCUCGCUUGUGCUGGUUUUGUCCUUCUGGGUGUGGAAGCCCGAGCAGCUGUGGAUCGGCUACCCCCACACGACGAUGGAUGCGUUGACCAAGGCCGUGUACCUCUGGGAGGCCUCCAACUACAUCCACCAGCUCUUUGUGCUCAACAUCGAGGCGCGUCGCUCCGACCAUGUGCAGAUGAUGGUGCACCAUAUUGUCACGCUAUUGCUGAUUGGUGGCUCCUACGUCUGUUGCUUCUCCCGUGUGGGACUCGUCAUUCUUUUGCUGAUGGACCCGAGCGACAUUUUGCUGGCGCUUGCGAAAAUGAUCAAGUACAUGGGCCUGCAAAAUCUCUGCGAUGCGAUGUUUGGCGCAUUCAUGCUCUCGUGGACCUUUACGCGGCACAUUGGCUACAUGAUUGUCAUGUGGUCGUGCAUCUACGACGCGCCGCGGCUCAUCCCAUAUCAGUCGCCGGCGGACCUGCGUACGGGCCACGUCUUUACGUACCCCACGUACGUGGUGUUUAUUGCGCUGCUAGCCAUCCUGCAAGUCAUCCUCCUGAUCUGGUUCAGCAUGAUCCUCAAAGUCCUCUACCGCGUGCUGACCAAUGCCGGCGCCAUCGAUUCACGCAGUGACGAAGACUCGGAUUAA